AUGGCUUUCGAGAAGGAAACCGUCCAAAGCAACGUAGAGUCUGUGCCAAUUCUCAGUCCCGUUAAGUUGGCGCAUGUCGUCUUCCGCUCAACCCGGUUGCAGGAGAUGGUCCAAUUUUAUCAGAAAUUACUGGGAGCGCAUGUUGCGUUCCAGAACAAUAUGGCUGCUUUUCUAGCCUAUGAUGAUGAGCAUCACCGGAUUGGUAUUCUCGCCGUGCCAGAAGGGUUAUUUGCGAAUCAGCCGUCCAUUGUACCAACCAUUGAUCAUGUUGCUUUUACGUACAACAACUUAGAUGACUUAGCAAUCAGCUACGAGCAACGAAAAGCAGCCGGUCUUAAACCAGUAUGGUGUGUCAAUCAUGGCUCUACUACUAGUAUGUACUAUGACGACCCGGAUGGGAACAAGGUGGAGAUGCAGGUGGACAAUUUCGAAACAAUGGAAGAGGCAUUUGCAUUUACCAAUUCGGAGGCUUUUCACAUUAAUCCAAUAGGAACAGACUUUGAUCCUGAUGAGUUUGUUCAACGAGUUAGAUCCGGUGAGGAUCAUCGCCUCAUCAAGAAGCGCGUUGAAAUUGGACCAAGGAAGUUUCCAGGAGUUUCCUGA